UCACAACGCAGAAGAGCCAAGAGACAAAUCCGCUUGCUUCCAACGCACAGCUAGCAACCUUUUCAGGACCUCUAAAGUAUUGGUGAAGCGGUCUACAGUCCCCCCCCCCACCGUCCAGACUCGAGAUCAGUGUUCAGAUUGGUUGCGUGCUAAUUAGCAGCGGGGAGCUUAUAGAACAGGAUUUACGGUCCUGAAAAUGAAACCCCUCUCCAUCAACCCACCAUUGCUCAAUUCCGCAAAUCCCUGGUGCACUACUCCUGAGCAACUCGAAGAACUCUACACCACUCCCUACACCGGCGCCGUCACGACGCGCACCUCACUCCUCAAUAGCUUCCCCCAUGACGAAGCCGUCCACCAAUUUACCUUCUAUGACCCUACGACCCACAACGCUGCUGUCCCAAACCCAUUGUCAUGCGACAAACCAGACGAGACAGGCAGCUUAAAUACGCUAGGCUAUAGUCCAAUACCAUUGAGGGAUUACUUGGGCUUCAUAAAAACAAUCUCAGAUCGGCAUAGCAAUGGCACAAAAGAGCCCACUUCUCCUACCUCUCCAAUUCCGCGAGCCGGCCCCAAGCCUUUCAUAGUUUCUGUGACCGGCUCUGUUGAAGAAGUUGUAGAAUGCUACAAGCUUAUCAGUGACCACCAACGGACUGUGCGCAUGGUGCUCGCUAUGGAAGUGAACCUAUCCUGUCCCAACAUCCCGGGAUACCCUCCGCCAGCGUACAACUCCACUGCACUGCUCUCUUACCUCUCCGCGCUCAAGCUCGAGGUCUCAAAACAGUUGGGAGAACAUGGACGUCAUAUACAUGUGCCGAUUGGAAUCAAGACACCCCCGUACACGUAUCAAGAUCAGUAUCAGCAGAUGAUUGAUGCUUUAAUAGCGUCGGCGAAAGAGAAGGAGCCGAAGGACUUGCCAUGUCCAAUCUCAUUCAUCACAACGACGAAUACACUAGGUUCUUCACUGCUUUUGACGCCGACGCUGGAAUCUGCGACAUCGCCGCCGACAUCGCCUGGAGGGUCGAAACCAAGGGAGGUAUUUCACCACACGCUAAACUCUGCGACUGGUACUGGCAUUGGGGGUCUUGCGGGUGCUCCUUUGCAUCCAUUGGCAUUAGGAAAUGUAUAUACCAUCAAAGGAAUGUUAUUCCAGCAUAAAGAAUUAGAGCAUAUCCAGAUCAUCGGGGUGGGUGGCGUUGAGGAUGUUGAUGGAUACCAGAGGAUGAGAGCUGUAGGUGCAGCUGCCGUGGGGGUAGGAACGGCACUGGGCAGGAAAGGCGUGAAAGUAUUCGAGGAUAUUGGAGAGGCUUUGCAGCGAAAGGGUCACUGAAG